AUGGACCCAGCCAUCAACGCAGAGCUCGAGAAGAGCGCCGGCGACGGCAUCGCCUUCCGCGCCCGCCCAAACCACGUCCACCACACCUGGGCCAAGACCUUCUACUCCCGACCCGAGCUAUACAUCCAGCCCGAGUCCCUCGCCGAGAUCGAGAAAGUCGUCAACCUCGCGCGCAAAUGCCGCCGCCGCAUCGUGACCGCCGGAUGCGGCCACUCGCCCUCCAACAUCACGUGCACCUCGAGCUGGCUGGUCAACCUCGACAAGUACAACCGCAUCCUCUCCGUCGACGACUCGAACGGUCUGGCCGUGAUCCAGAGCGGGAUCCGGCUGUACACCCUCUGCGACGAGCUGGAGCGCCAUGGCCUGACUAUGCCGAACCUCGGCAGCAUCAACCAACAGUCCAUCGCCGGCGCGAUCUCGACCGGUACCCACGGCAGCAGUCUCUUCCACGGACUCAUGUCUGAGGACGUGCUGGCUCUGAAGAUCACUCUGGCCAAUGGCACGACGGAAUCGUGCUCUCGCGACGAAAAUCCCCUGCUGUUCCGCGCGGCGCUGCUCUCCCUUGGCGCGUUGGGCAUAAUCACCGAGAUCACGUUUCGCGCUGCCCGCUCGUUCACGCUGCGGUGGACGCAGACGAUCGAUACGGACGUGAAGAUGUUCAAUGCCUGGAAGAAGGAUUUGUGGACGCAGAGCGAGUUCGUCCGUGUGUGGUGGUUUCCCUAUACUCGGAGGGCGGUGGUUUGGAAGGCGGACAAGACGAACGAAAAGCACGUCGACCCUCCGAAGAGGAAUUAUGAUGGGGCGUUGGGUUACUACAUCUAUCACAACCUGCUGUACCUCGCGCAGUAUGUCCCCAGGAUACUUCCGAUGGUCGAAUGGUUCGUGUUCGGCAUGCAAUACGGCUUCUCCAACGGAUCGACCAUCUCUGCAGUACAGCCAAGCCGUAAGGCCCUUCUCAUGAACUGUCUCUACUCGCAGUUCGUGAACGAGUGGGCUAUCCCACUGGCAAGGGGCCCCGAAGCCCUGCGCCGCCUCUCUUCGUGGUUGAACCACCUGACCCCAGCAGACCCCGACUACGUGCCGCAUAAUAUUCCCUACUCGGCGGAAGGGCUCUACGUGCACGCGCCGGUCGAGGUCCGUGUCAGCGACACAUCAUUGACCUCCAACGCGAGACCGCUCCUCGACCCUACCCUCCCGGACGGGCCGACAUUGUAUCUUAACGCGACUCUCUACCGCCCGUACCUAAUGGACCCGCCGUGUCGAGAGCGCUACUACCAGGCCUUCGAGUGGCUGAUGACGGAGAUGGGUGGUAAGCCGCACUGGGCAAAGAAUUUUGUCGAGAGUGAGGCCAUUGAGGACUUCUACGGCAAAGAGCUCGAGCAGUGGCGGUCCGUCAGAAACAAGGCCGAUCCGGAGGGAAUGUUUGUCGGGCAGUGGCAUCGGGAAAAGGUGCUUGGCAAAGGACCAAGACUGGCGUUGGAGGAGGUUGAGCUGGAGAGGACGCCGGCCAAGGGAGGUGGACUGUCAAUCACCGGUGCCGUGGGAAAGUCCCAGUGA